AUGCCAAGUGCAACUCAGGAAAGAAAUGAAGCCAAGGAGUACUAUGAAUUGUCUAGAGAAGGAGAACAACCUUUAUAUGAAGGGUGUAGACGAUAUUCAAGACUAUCUUUUUUGGUUAAGUUGUACCAUAUAAAGUGUUUAUGUGGAUUGUGUGAGAAGUCAAUGACAAUGAUUUUAGAGUUAAUAAAAGAUGCAUUUGAAUAUGCAAACAUUCCAAGUUCGUUCUAUGAAGCCAAGAAAUCAAUCAUAAAACUUGGUUUGAAUUAUGUAAAGAUAUCUGCAUGUCCAAACGGUUGUAUGCUUUAUUGGGGGAAAGAUGAAGAGAGGGAGACUUGCAAAAAUUGUAACACUUCAAAAUGGAAAACAAAUGAAGAUGUCUCUGUUAACAAGAAAUAUAAGAAAAUUCCUGCCAAGGUUCUUCGUUAUUUUCCAUUAAAACCUAGAUUACAGAGAUUAUUUUUGUCAUCAAAGAAGACCGAGGAUAUGAUAUGGCAUGCAACAGAUACUAACAAUGAUGGAAUGUUGAGGCAUCCUAGAGAUUCAGAAGCUUGGAAGAAAUUUUACUUGACACAUACUUGGUUUUCAUCAGAUCCGCAGUCGUUGCCCAUGUUUAAAUGUGAAUGGGCUAAUACCACAAGCCCAAGAGGAAUUAAAAUAGAUAAGUUGGGUUUUACCUCUAUAAACUUUGCGAGACUACUACAUAAUGGGGAACGUGAAGAUAAUGAGCCAUACAUUCAAGCAUCAGAAGCUCAGAUGGUUUUUUAUGUGGAUGAUGAGAGUGAACAAGGAUGGAGCAUACAUGUUCAUUUGAAGCCAAGAGACUUGUAUGAUAUGGGUGGAAAUGAUGAAAUUAUAACACCCAUUGAGCCAUAUCCAUCACAAAAUUUGGAACAAAUUUUUUCGAAUGAUGAUCUUGGAACUUUAUCGGCAAAUGAUGACAAUAAUUAA